AGCAAACGUUGGUCGUGUGCGUGUGCUCGCGUCUGUCGAUUCCCCUCCCCCCUUCGCCUUCGUCUCCCUGUCCGUGCCCCGGCUGGCUGGCUGGCUGGCUGCUUGGUUGGAGUUCUCACUCCCUGGCUGACUCAAGCGAGUGGCUGUGCACAGCGGUGUUGGCGGCUCCACAGCAGCAGCAGCCGCAGCGAGCGAGCGAGUGCGCAGAGAGAGAGGAGAGGCGCUUCACUUUUUGAAGCCGUGGCAUGAAUGAUCUCAUCGGAACGUUCUGCUCUGCUUUCACCGCCGACGAUCCUAUGAGUGAGAUCGGAAGAAAAUAAGAGUGAGACAAGACGACAUGUAUUCAAAGGGCACCAAGCGUAAGUUCCUAGACUCGGCGGAGGAGGCGGUGACAGCAACCAGUCCUGGCGUACAGGGGCCAGCGACAGCUCGGACGCCGUCGCCCUCAUAUAGUCUUCAGCGCCAGUCUCUCCUGGACAUGUCGCUCAUCAAACUUCAGCUGUGCCACAUGCUGGUGGAGCCCAACCUGUGCCGCUCGGUGCUCAUCGCCAACACGGUACGGCAAAUACAGGAGGAGAUGACUCAGGACGGCACCUGGCAGAUCAUGACGCAAGCCCUGGCCGCCGCCCAGUGCCCCGCCGAUCGCCUGGUGGCCACCGAGGUGCUGUGCCGGCAGUCGGACCCGGCGGCGGCCGGUCAGAGCCCCAAACCGUACCCUCUGAUGGGCGGCCUGGACGAGGGCUACCACACAGAGGAGGUGGUGAUGGAAGCGGGGGACCACAAAGAGGUCCUUUCCACGCAGUCCUAUCUGGCGGGCCCUUUUGGGAUGGGGCCGUGCUGGGAGGAGCGUGAGGAGGAUGACGAGGACGGCGAGGAGUCGGAGGGCGAGGACGACGAGGACCGCCCCGAGGUGGAAUCCAAGCCGGGGGAGCAGGUUUUUGGCACUUUUGAGAUCAAGCAGCCGCCGCCGCCACCCCCCCCAGACCCGGCGCUGGAGGAGCUGUUCUCGGACGUGGACCCAUCCUACUAUGAGCUGGACACAGUGCUGACAGGCAUGCAGAGCGGCCCCAAGAUGGGACCUUACGACCUGCUGGAGAGCCUUUCCUCCCACGGGCCGCAACCUCUCAGCCCCAGCACAAGCUGCCGGUCGGACCUGAACGAACUGGACCACAUCAUGGAGAUCAUUGUGGGCUCUUGAAGCUCAGCACCGCCGUGGACUUUCCUGAAUGUGCUUUUGUUACACAGCCAGAUUGUGGGAGGGGCAAAGUGGGAAAUUAUCUGCGAGCCAAAAAUGAUUUUUCGGAUCGGCAGCUCCCAUUGGGACAUUUUUAUGUUUUGUUUUUACUCGAAAGGUAUAUUCCAAACACGGAGGAACACGUUCACAAGUAGGGUUGCAAAGUGGUGGAAAGGUUCCAGUACAAUUCCACAAAAGUUUAGCCAAAGGAAGUUAAGCUGGGGAAAAAGGUUUCCAGGUUUGAAACUUUACGUAAGAAUUGGGGACAAUUUUAGGGAAGGAUGCAUAAAUUGAAAUAUUUUAGUUUUUGUCAGAAGCAGUCACCCAUGCAAAAUAGAUAGCUCUCCUUGCCCGAAUGUGGGAUAUCAUGCUACCGAAAUUGCUGUCUUUUUUCCCACUUGGCUCAAGCAAUGGUGUCUCGAUAGUUUAUUCGUAACUGAAAUUUCUGCUUGUAAUACAAACCCAAAAUAAAAGUACAAAUGAUGGGUUGAGAAACACAAACUGGUAAAUCGGGACUACAGUGGACCCAUGCUAUUUGCGGCUAAUCUGGACCAAACUUGAAUCGAGAUAACCCACCAAUAAUUAACUGAAAAUAAUCAUCUAGUUUUAAAAACUAUUGUUAAAGAAUAUCAAAUGAACAAAUUAAUCUGUUAAGAAACAGUAAUUGGAGAAAAAAAUAUUUUGCAAUCGAACAAAAUGCCAUAUGAAACUUUUAUCUGAUUAAUCGAUUCUAACAAUACCAGAAUUUUUGCAACUCUAUUUGCAACAGUCUGUUUCUAUGUUUUUUUUUUCCAUGUUUACGUCCGUUGCGCUAGCUCCCGCUCGGCCUAUUUAUUGGAAGUCUUCACACUACAACGACAUCAACAGCAAUUCAGAACAAACAUCCACAUCUUUGAAUUCAUGCGUAUUUUCCUAAAUAUUUGAGCAAUUAUGAAUGGAAUAUAUGUAUAUGUACGUAUAUGUAUAUAGAAAUAUAUAUUUUGCAUUAUACAGUCGGGGGGGGGGGGGAUUUUUGCAAGUAUCAUUUGAUAUUCCUGUUCCCGUAAUUUUUUUCUGAGAUUUUUAACAUGGCCACAUUUGAGACUCGAGUGUCUUCCCGAACUUUUUUUUUUUUUUUUGCCAUUGUCAAGCUUUUUUAAAAACGUUUAUACCAGUGCUGAUUUUACUUAACUUGCUCCAAAGCUUUUUUGUUUUAUUUUUUCAACCCAGGGAAGCAAAAACACAUCUUUCUAUCAGAAGAAGCCAUAUUGCUAAUUUAUUAUUUUUUUUUAUUUAUUGUAUUUAUUCUAUCUAGGUACAUCCGCACCACACACGUCACCCAUUCGGCCCAAAUGAAAAUUUGUCACUUUUUUUUUUCCCCGUCUUGAGUGCAGUACCUAUUGAUGAUUCCAUUUUUGUUUAAAUAAUCACAAGAACCGGGUCACAAUUCCAAUCACUAUGCAGCUCCGUCAUACGCGUUACGAAAAUGAUUGUAUAUGACUUCAAUGUCCUUUAAAGUCCUUUUAUGCAAACAGUUGCCUUUCUGCAAAAACGGACGCUCACAGCGGCGGUGAAGACGACGACGACGGUGGAGAACUCAGGCAAUGUAAACAUGUAUUGACAAACACAUAUGUUCAGUAUUACACACGUACACACACUCCUGAAGGAUGUCACGCUGGUCGCAAUGGGAGCUAGAACUUCAAAGACUUAAUACUAUCGUUGUCAAAAACUGUAUGCAUUUUUUUAUAUGCUGACAAAAACAUGUAGUGUCUUUGUAAAUAUUUUUUUAUAAUAAAAGAUGCAACUAUU